ACGAGGCCUUCCGGCGCGGAGGUCACCAUGGCGGCGUCUUUGGCUCGGCUCGGCCUCCGGUCAGUGAAGCAGGUUCGCAUUCAGUUCUGCCCCUUCGAGAAGAAUGUGGAGUCCACGAGGACCUUCCUCCAGGCGGUGAGCAGCGAGAAGGUCCGUUCCACCAACCUCAACUGCUCGGUGAUUGCGGACGUGAGGCACGACGGCUCCGAGCCCUGCGUGGACGUGCUGUUCGGAGACGGGCAUCGCCUGAUUAUGCGCGGCGCUCACCUCACCGCCCAGGAAAUGCUCACAGCCUUUGCCUCCCACAUCCAGGCCAGGGCUCCUCCGGCGGGGAGCGAGGACAAGGCCGGCGCGAGUACCGGGCGCUGAUAGCGCAAAAUAGCCCAACAAGCAGGUUUUAGCUUGGGAUGGCUAGGAUACCUACCU